CCGCCACCACCACCAUCAACAUCUUAGAUCACCAGCAUUUCCCCCUCACGAGUCACAACAGCGUUGCAAUGACACCAAGCUCCUGACAAAGUAUGUCCCACAACGACGAUGAGGAUUACUUCCUUCCGCUGGAAGACCAGCGCAUCUUCGGUGCCGGAAUCCGUCGCAAGCGCGUGCAGUUCGUCCGCUCCUCGGAACAUGAACUAAACACCACAACCUCGACAACCACAACCGCCACCACAACACCAUCCACAACCUCCGGCUUAAGUCCAGCAGACAAAUACCUGUCGAUCGUCCUACCGAAAGAAAAAUCACCCCGACCAACGACAGAACCCGCCGCGCGCAACGAAACAGCUUCCGCGCCGCCCUCGCCCUCCGCCGUACCCGCUCCGGUCCAACUAUGCGAGGUGUGCAAUCUCCCGCUUGACGGGGAAACAGAAAGUACAGAUGAGAAAGGGUUUGCCCGGCCACACGAAGCAUCGCUCGCGCAUCAGCUGUGCCUAUCUCACUCGCAUCCACCGUCUCAUCUCGACCGCACCCGUCAUGGACUCCGGUAUUUGUCCGCUUAUGGUUGGGAUCCGGAUAGCAGAUUGGGUCUUGGGGCUCCUGGGCGUGAGGGGAUCAGGGAACCCCUCAAGGGGAGACUGAAGGUUGAUACUGUGGGGCUGGGGGCUGAGACUGAGCCGAGUGCGAAGGGGAAGAAAAGGGUGACUGGUGGUGCUGCUGCUCCGUCCAAGGUGCAGAGGUUGAAUGCGAAGCAGGUGCGGAAGGGGCAUUUUGAUGCGAAGAGGAGAGGGGAGAAGUUGCGGGAGAUGUUCUAUCAGAAUGAUGAUGUGCAACGGUACCUGAGUGGUGGUGCAUAGGGUGGUUUGGGAUACGCGAUGGCACUGGGGGUCUGGCCUUCUUUCUUUUUAUGCGGAUAGAAUUUUUACUACGUGAUACCCGAUUGAUGAUUAGAAUUAGCGCAGAUAGUACAUUACAUGGCUGCUUACUUUAUAAAGCAUUAUCAUACAAGUCAGCUGAAGACGAAGAUCAAGGUAUGUUCAUUCAGCGCCAGAAACACAGUAUGAGAUGGUAUCACAGCAGCGCUAAAUGGGAUGGAAAGGAAUGGCAAUCGCAGUUAUCAGGUCUUUCAGGGAAAGCACCUGAAAAACAUUCUACCGGAAGAAGUGCAAUCUCUUCUUUUCCUUCUCUUUCUUU